UGCUUUUUUCUUGUGUAAAUCAAUACCCGAGGAAAUUGUUUCUUGCCCUGAAGGCAAGAUUCAGUUGUUGUGAACUUUUACAUCAAAAACACAUUUCAAUAGGGUUGAUAAACAUCUAGAAACCAUCUGGAGGGAUUUUAAAUCAAUGUAGCCACUAUUGUGUUAAUAUGCAAUUUUCUGGAUUGCACAAGAAAGACAGAACUUUUCCGUGAAUAUCGAUUUAUUAAUGCAUUUUGUUAAGUAUGAAGACGAAUACAGCAAAUUCAAAUUAUUUAAGUGUGUAAAGGACUUUAAGUGCGAUAGUUAUUACUAAUAGUGAUUAAGCGUAUUGAUAAGUGUUUACUUAAUAGAUAAUUUGGAGGUUGUUUGGUAAAGACAAUUCAUACAGGGUGUCUCGAAAAGGUGCGGAAGAAAUCUUGCCAAACCAGAGACAAAUCUUGUCUCUGGUCAAACGUUCAAUGUUGUGUAUUGUAAAAAUAUUCUGCAUUCGGGUUUCAUGUGGGAAAAAUUAAAAUGUUUCCUUCUAAAAUGUAAAGGCGUCGCAUUCGUGGCCGACAUUUAUUCGAACAAAAAACUUUUUGGCCACAUUAUAAUUUAUAAUUUUUGUUAAUUUCCUGUUUCAUUGUCGAAUAUUUGGCAGUAUAUUUAAUGGUAUAUCAUUCGAAUGGUGGUGAAUAUAAAGGUGAACUUGGUAGGAGUUGAUUUGAGCAGGGGUUUGCACUUUGAAAAUUUUGCAUUUUGUGAUAGUUAGAUACAACCGAAAGUUAUUUAAAAAUAGAGCACUUAGAGCUUUUGGAGCUUUGAUAUCGUUCCCUGGGAUAGUUCUUUUUAGUAAUGGAUAAUUUUUUGAGGGUAAUAAUCUGAAAUACAAUUAAAGCAUCAAGUCAGCCCCUGCGAUAAUCCAAUAAGAUUUUGAAUAAUUAUUGAAUAUUGUUCCAAUAAUUUUGAAAAAUUAUAUCACACCACGGACUCGCAUUGUUACUAUUGACACAAUUGAUUCUAGUUAUUUAUAAUUUGCUGAUAAAACUCGAACGAUCGAACAUCAUCAAUAUCAAAAUUUGGUACCAAUUUGAGCAUCGAACAAGUGGAAACAGACAGUACAUUUCGUUAUCACUGGGUGGAUAAUCCGAUUUUAUAGAUAAGAAUCACUGAAAAGAUCUGACAGUAACCACAUCGAUUUGAUGUAGUCGAAUUGAGAAAUUUUAAAUCGGACGCUAAUGAGAAAUCUGUGAUAUUAUUAGUGUGAAACGUGAAAUGGAUGACGAUUCAAAUCGAUAAACAAGAAUUGCGGUGGUGACUUUCAGUGGGGAUUUAACAAUUUUUGUGUUGAAAAUGCUCUCACCUGACAAUUUAACAGUAAAUUGUGCGGAAACAUGCGACGAUUGGUUGUGUUGGCCGGUCACAAAUGCGGGUCAAAACGCCUCACAGCCGUGCCCGCAAGUAAAAGGCACCCUUGAAAAUGCUUUAGCAUUCAAAUUCUGCACCAAUAACGGUUCUUGGGAGGUGAAAAGAGGCAGCGAAGGUAAACCAGUAAAUUUCACCCAUUACGAAGCAUGUUUGAUCCCCCAACUUCAGCAACUUACCGAAAUGUGUAGCGCCCUUGGGGAGGGUGAAUGUGGUGGGAUUGCCAAACAUACAAGAAUUAUAGAAAUGGUUGGCCUUUCACUAUCGCUGAUAUGUUUAGUUGUUUCCUUGUACAUAUUUUUCUCAUUCAGAAUACUGAAAAACAACAGAACGAAGAUACACAAGAAUCUAUUUUUUGCUACCUUGUUCCAAGUGCUUUUUCGAUUGAUUAAAUAUAUCGAUCAAGGCUUGGAUGAGAACAACAAAUUUCUAUCAGAUGCGUAUUAUCUGCAUGAAGUAUGUACAGUCCUAAUGGAAUAUUCAAAAACAGCGAUGUUCAGUUGGAUGUUCAUCGAAGGCCUGUAUCUUCACAAUGUUAUAACAGUGACAGUAUUUCAAGAAUAUGUGUAUAUUAACUUGUAUAUUUGGUGUGGUUGGGUAACCCCAGCCAUAAUGACGGCCAUUUGGUUGUCUGUUAUGAUCAUAGAACAUGUAAAAACGACAUGGGAGUAUUACUACUUUCUGCCGUAUUAUUGGAUUCUGGAAGGACCUCGGUCUUUUCUCAUAGUGAUUAAUUUUUUGUUCCUUCUUAAUAUUAUUCGAGUAUUGGUAGUUAAACUAAGAGAAAGUCGCUCUAGUGACAUCGAGCAAGUCAGAAAGGCAGUUCGAGCGGCAAUUUUUCUGUUGCCACUAAUGGGAACUGCACACAUAUUAUUCUUACUGGACUAUCAAUACACUGAGCUAUGGAAAUUGAGAUUGUGGUUGUAUACCUCUUAUUUCUUCAAUACAUUCCAAGGCUUCUUCGUUGCUGUCUUAUACUGUUUCCUCAAUGGAGAGGUACAAUCAGCAGUCAAAAACAAAUAUUUUCCUCGGGAUUCACUGCGGAGGAACACUUGCACUUCAUCGCGAGGAUUUUCUUCCCUAACUGUGGUAGGAACGUAUGGAAGGGUUUACCAUGUUUCGGAUAAAUUGAGAUGGUUGAAAUGUUGCCGCCGACCACCACAAUCGCCAGAAGAAAAGGAAGUCGACCUCUGUGAUAUUAGUGAAAAACCUGACAGACCAACUUCAAUUACCAUGGUGGAAAGUGUUCCCAUGAUCAAUAAACAUACUGAAAGUAAUGGUUUUGGUGACCAACACAUCAUCAGUGAAGAAUAAAUUCCCACAGAUGCAAAGGAAAUUUUACUAAUUAGAACAUAAUACCUGCGUAGAUCGGCUGAUUGGAUAAGUUUAAAUGUAAAUGUGUUGUUUCAAAAACCACACUCUAAUGACUUUAUUAACACGCCUGGUUUGUUUGCCUUAAAUUCAAUAUUCUUCCUCCAGUUUCACUUGGUUUAUCAAUUUUUUUCCACUUUUAAAACAACUUUAAACCUCAACUUAUUAAAUUAAUCUUUAGUUUAGUUUUGUAUAAAGUUAAGCGAAUUGUCAUUUGUCCAUUUAUAAAUAAGUUAAUAAGUCAAUAUGAAAACUUUUGUACAAAGGUAGACUCUGGAGCCUUAUUUUAUAAAGGCCCGAAUAUCUAUUUAGCAGCAUUUAGGGUGUAAAAUGAGAUAAAAGGCUGUAAAGAAUGUAUGAAACUAAAUCGUUGUUUUACGACAUUAUUGUACAAAAUAUUUUAUUUCACUACAAAAUAUAAAAAUAAUACCUGUUUUUAUGGUAAACGUGUAUGGCUAUUAGAUAAUCUGUGAAAGAACAGUGCAUUUUAAAAUGUAUAUGUUCAAUGCGCCUAUAUACUUCUUAAUCAUUUAGUAGUUGAAUGUAUUUAAACUUGUUCGUCUUCAUUAGUUAUUGCAAGGAUUUUUUAUAUCGGAGCAUUUAAUAGUUUAAGCUACAAAUCAAGUAUUACCUUUUAGUUUUGUGUACCUGAUUGUAUUUAUACGUGUUAUUUUUAAGACUUGUUUAUUUGAUAUAUGAAUAUUUUUUUUA